AUGGCAUCUUGUACAAACACCCUGGUCUUUCCAAGCGACUAUGAACGCAACGGCUCACCCGCGAUUAUCUCCCCUUCUGCUGGAUCUACAUCGAUCAAAGAUGCAAUCUCAUAUGCCCAGUUGGCGAUUAUGACACGUUCUCUGCAGCGCGAUCUUGCUCGUAUUGGCAUUACAAAAGACAGCAGAAUUGCACUUGUAUUGCCGAACGGAUUAGAAUUUGCAGUUAUACUUCUUGCAAUCAUACGCCAGCGUGGUAUUGCGGCCCCACUGAACCCACAGUACACGCAAAGCGAGUUCCGGGAUAUCUUCUCCCAGAUGAAACUCGAUUUGGUGGUGAUGCUACCGGAAGCUCGGGGUCCAGGUGAUAGCUCAUAUAUGACCGAUCCAGCUUUCCUAGCAGCACAGCAGUUGGGAUUGCACGUAGCAUUGUGCUACAAAAAGAGUGUGCUACAAGACGGAGAUGGGCAGGUUCUGGAGCUCGCCCUGAGGCCUCAUGAAAUCACCAAUAACCACUGCGCACCUGUCGCUGUUGAUACUGGGGCCGCAAUCUUCUCGAGAGAUGAGGUGCUGCCUGAAGACAAAGUUGUCAUGCUCUCGACAAGCGGGACCACAGGUGCACCCAAGUUGGUCCUCCUCAGUCACACUAAUCUUCUCACUGCUAUGCGCAUUAUUAUUGCCAACCAUCAGCUCUCGUCCAGUGAUAGAACCAUGAUAAUUACGCCGCUGUAUCAUAUCAUUGGUCUCUGUGGCUCCUUACUUGCUACGCUGUUCUCGGGAGGCUGCGCCGUUAUUCCAUAUUCGCUCCCGGGCGCUUUCUGGCAGCGAUGUGCUGAUUACGGCAUCACAUGGUUUCAUGCCGUACCGACUCUUCAUCAACUGCUCCUAAACUUCUCGCGACCUGGCGGCCGUGUCUCCCCACACCUGAGGUUUAUCAGAAGUGGAGGUAGCGAGAUCUCUCCGGAUUUAUAUGAGCGCUUGGUCGCGUUGGGCCCGCCUUUGCUGGAAGUUUACGGCAUGACUGAGACGGCUCCCGCAAUAUUCUGCAACCGUUGGAAAGAGGGCAAUAUGAGACGCAGAAGCCAUUUUCCCAUUCCUGAUGCCGUAGAUGUGAUGAUUCUGCCAUCUACUGCACUGGGACAAGGGAGCGACGGUGAGGAUGCCUUGAUUAAUACACUAACUAAAGCCCCUGGUAUUGUAGGGGAGGUUUGUGUGCUUGGUCAAAAUGUUAUGGAAGGAUAUGUGGAAAACCCUCAGGCCAAUGGUGAGGCUUUUCUUCCCAACGGAUACUUUCGCACCGGCGAUCUUGGCAACAUUGAGCCCGGCGGCUACCUAAAGUUGGUGGGGAGAAAGAAAGAGGUCAUCAAUAAAGGCGGAGAGAAAAUUGGUCCUGCCGAGAUUGAGCACGUAGCUUUGUCUCACGAGCUGGUUUCAGGGGCCGCGUGCUUUCGGAUUGCUGACAAUAUGUACGGCGAUGAGAUUGGACUUGCCGUAUCUUUGAUGUCACACAAGGCGGGAAGUCCGCUGGUUGCGUCGGAAUUAAAGCACCACAUUGGUCAACAUUUAACACAAUUCAAAGUUCCUCGAGAGAUUGUAUUCGUUGACAUUAUCCCAUAUAACCCAACGGGGAAGCCGAUGAGAACUCAACUAUCCCAACAGUUUGCCAAAGGGCUGCUCUAA